GAGCCUAACAAACAGAUGUAGCUGGUUUUCAUCACUCUCUCCUCCUCUCCGACCUCGCCGUCUCACUGAAAUAGGUUGUAUCAGUGCCAGAAACAUCGAGGCAUCAAACAAAGUAUUUCUUUCUGAAACAUAAUUAUACUCUUAGAUAGUUAUAUUAAACAUACAAUGGCUGACACCACAGUAGACACGACCACAACCACUGAGAUUUCAGCAAAGGAGCUCAAAGAGAAGAAAGAGGUUGUCGAGGAGGUAGAGGAGAAGAGUGAGAACGGCAGUGGGGACACACCUGCCAAUGGAAAGGAAACACACACAGACGCUUCAGAGGAGAAGACAAAUGGUGCAGAGGAGAAGACAAGUAGUGCAGAGGAGAAGACAAGUAGUGCAGAGGAGAAAGUAAAUGGCGCAACUAAUUCAGAAGAUACCCCUGACGCAGAGGAGGAGGAGGAUGAGGAGGAUGGAGAGACAGAGGAAGGAGCAAAGGAUGCAGAAGAACCUGCUGAUGAGGUUAACCACCCUGUGAAGCGCACAGCUGAGGAGGAGGAGGAGGAGAAAGUGGAAACAAAAAAGCAGAAAACAGAGAGCAGCGACUCAAAGGAAGCUGAAGUGGAGGCUUAGGGUGCUCAGCCUGUCGUCCUCCGCCAGCUCUGUCUACAUGCCGUGGUCAACCUCCCCUUAUAGAGCUUGUGCUUUAUGUAUGUUUUACACAUUUUAUUUGCCCCCAAGAUAUUACAUUGCACUGGAGUCCUAAAACAUAGUGGCCUCUCCUUACUUUUUAUAAGAUGUUAUUUAUUGGUUUCUUACACAACACUUUUUUUUUUUUAACAACAUGUGCAAAUAGAGUCAGUGUUGUUUUAUCAGUAUAUUAGUUUAUAUCCGUAUGAGCACAUUCUCUACUUGGCUACUGCUGACCAGUUGAUCAGAGGAAGACAGCUGCGCCCUUCUCCACAUGUUCAGGAUGACCUCUCAGACUCACUAAAGACCAAAGAUAAGUUUUAAGCAGGGGCUAAUGGACUAUUGUUAGCAUUAUUAGUUAAGGCUUUUUAAUCCCUUUUGUUACUGCUGCUGCUAGUAGUUAAUCCUCUGCCUGGCUGAUCUGUUAACACAACAGAUGGCACAAAUGAAAGAACUCCUCCAUAAUAAAAGAUAGUGUGACCCUGUUUGGGGACCCUGCUUCUGCAAUGUUAAUUACCCCCUCUUAAAUCUUAAGGCUUUGGUCACAUGUUCUGUAUGCAUUUUACACGUUUAUACCAUUUGUACCCAAGAUGCUGUUUUAUUUUUUGUUUGACUUUUGGUUAUGUCUAGGUGACUCAGAAAUUGUCUCCAACUGUCUUUAUCAGAACAACAUUCCCACCAUGAUGUUUUUUGUGUCUUAUAGUGCAGUUAUAUUUCAUGAUGCUAUUUGGUUGCUUCGACCACUGCUUUGUAUAUUCUGGUUCUUGAUGAUUAAAUAAAUCAGUCUUGUCUUUUU